AUUUGAUCACAUUCGUCUGUCACUCUCUCGCAGUCACAGGUCUCGAGACUCUCAACUCUUCCAAGUUCCAAGAACUUCCAUCCAACUCCAAUAAUAAUCAUUCACAUUAUUGAUUACCACCCACAUCCCUCAUGGGUAUUUGUACUGUACUUACACCUUUUCUCACUUCAUCACUCAAAGAAUAAUACUACUACUCAAAAGUACUAAUAUCCCCAUAAAAAAAAGUCGAGAAUCUUGAUCAGGAGCUUUUCUGAUACUCUAUUAUCUCAAAAGGGUCGUUGAUUUUACCGCUGAAUAAACUGUGUUUGUAGUGAUUGUGGAGUUUGGAAUGGAUUCUAUGCGUGUUUUGCACUGCAAUUCUGUUCCUUUUUCAUCUUGUUCUGGUUCAAAUAGGAGAAGGCAAUUCAAAUUUGCUCAACAGCAGAGGAAGCUGGAGGGGCCGAAAAGCUUGCAGCUUUUGAAGUUCUUGAAGCCAUCUUUGUUGAUUUCAGGGGUCGAUAGGAACUUCGGUUUCCCCAUGGAUAAAAGGUCGUCUAGAAUUCUAUCUGGGGUCUCUUCAGUUGAAACGAGCAGGAAAGAAGAGAAGAAACAGAAGAAGACAAAGCAAUCUAGGCAAGGCCAAGAAAAAGUGCUGAUGAAAGUUUUGCUUAAUCACCAAGUUGAAUUUGGGGAGCACAUUGCACUUUUAGGGUCAGCAAAAGAACUAGGUUCAUGGAAGAAAGAAUUAAUGAUGGAUUGGACAGAAGAUGGAUGGGUUUGUGAAUUGGAAUUAAAAGGGGGUGAGCCUGUUGAGUGCAAAUUUGUAAUUGUGAGGAAGGACAAGAGUCGUGCCUGGGAGAGUGGGGAUAAUCGGGUAUUAAUGCUACCAGAAGGAGGAAGUUUCAAAACGGUUUUUCAUUGGGACAGGACAGGUGAAGCUGUGGAAUUUCUGCCAUUGGACUUGGAAAAGGAGGAGGAGGAGGGAGGUGUUGGUGCAACUGGUAAUGGUUCUGCAGUUGCUGAUGAUGUGGCUGACACAGAGAUUGUGGCAAGUCCUCUCGUUGAACAAUGGCAAGGGAAGGUUGUAUCUUUUGUACGUUCAAAGGAGCAGCUCAACAUUGAGAAGGAGCGGAAGUGGGAUAUAUCUGGUCUUGAAGGAAUUGCCCUAAAGUUGGUAGAAGGUGACAAGAAUUCAAGGAACUGGUGGAGGAAGCUUGAAGUCGUCCGUGAAAUUGUGGUUGGAAAUAUUGAGAGUGGGCAUCGCUUGGAGGCUCUUGCAUAUUCAGCUAUCUAUUUGAAGUGGAUAAACACGGGGCAAAUUCCUUGCUUUGAAGAUGGGGGUCAUCAUCGGCCUAAUAGGCAUGCUGAGAUUUCCAGGCUUAUAUUUCGUGAACUAGAGAGGAUUUCCUAUGGGAAAGACACUUCUCCUCAGGAAAUUCUUGUCAUCCGCAAGAUUCAUGCAUGUUUACCCUCUUUCAAGGCAGAAUUCACCACAUCUGUUCCUCUAACACGAAUUAGGGAUAUUGCACAUCGGAAUGAUAUCCCUCAUGAGCUCAAGCAAGAAAUCAAGCAUACAAUACAAAACAAACUUCAUCGAAAUGCUGGUCCUGAAGAUCUGGUUGCCACAGAAGUGAUGCUUGAGAAAGUUACGAAGAACCCUGGAGAGUACAAUGAAGCAUUUGUCGAACAAUUUAAGAUCUUCCAUCGUGAGCUUAAAGAUUUCUUUAAUGCUGGAAGUCUCGAAGAACAGCUGGAUGCUAUCAAGGAAUCACUGGAUGAAAAAGGUUUAUCAACUCUGUCAAACUUUAUUGAAUCAAAGAAGGGCUUGGAUAAUUUAAAUGAAACAAGUAAUGUUUCAGACAAUGAUGUGGUGGGACUGUUGGUCCAAACAAUUCAUUCUCUAAACAGCAUUCGUGAAGUGAUAGUAAAGGGUCUUAAAAGUGGUCUUCGAAAUGAUGCUCCUGAUGCUGCAAUAGCAAUGCGCCAAAAGUGGCGUCUUUCUGAAAUCGGGCUUGAAGACUAUGCUUUUGUUCUUUUAAGCAGGUAUCUCAAUGCACUUGAAAACUUGGGAGGAGCUCAUCAACUUUCAAGGAACGUGGACUCUAACAAUAUCAGCUCUUGGAAUGAUCCACUUACAGUGCUAUCUGUUGGUAUCCAUCAGCUGGGUCUUUCUGGUUGGAAGCCAGAUGAAUGUAGAGCAAUUGGAAAUGAACUCAUGGCAUGGAAAGCAAGAGGCCUUCCAGAAAGAGAAGGUGGUGAAAAUGGUAAGACUAUUUGGGCAUUGAGGCUUAAGGCAACUAUUGAUAGAUGCAGAAGAUUGGCUGAUGAAUAUUCUGAGGCUGUCCUUCAGAUAUUUCCUCAGAAAGUCCAGAUACUGGGAAAAGCAUUGGGGAUCCCUGAAAACAGCGUUAGAACGUACACAGAAGCUGAGAUUCGUGCAGGUGUAAUUUUUCAGGUUUCAAAACUUUGUACUCUUCUUUCAAAAGCUGUUAGAAGCACUCUUGGUUCAGAGGGUUGGGAUGUGGUUGUUCCUGGAGAUGCCUCUGGUGUGCUGGUGCAGGUGGACAACAUUGUCCCUGGGACACUGCCCUCAUCAGUAGAAGGGCCUGUUAUUCUUGUGGUUAACAGGGCUGAUGGAGAUGAAGAGGUGACAGCUACUGGGAGUAACAUAGCUGGGAUUGUACUUUUGCAAGAGUUGCCUCAUUUAUCUCAUCUAGGUGUAAGGGCCCGGCAAGAGAAGGUUGUAUUUGUGACGUGCGAUGAUGAUGAUAAAGUUACUGAUAUAAAAGAUAUGAAUGGAAAAUAUGUCAGGCUGGAGGCAUCAUCAGAGGGUGUCAAAUUGUCUCCAUCAUCCAAGCAAAAAACUGGUGAAUCUCCUGCUAAAUCUUCUCCUCCUUUUUCAUCCACUGUUGGAAGCACCUCAAACAGUGAUUCUUCACAGAUGAACAUGGAGUCCAGCAAGGUGCUAGCAAGUGGUGGCAUUCUGCUACUGUCUGAUGCAGAUUUACAAAAUUCUGGUGCAAAAGCUGCAACCUGUUCUCGUCUAGCUUCCUUGUCAGCAACUUCUGAGAAAGUAUACAGUGACCAAGGGGUACCAGCUGCAUUUAAAGUUCCUGCUGGAGCAGUUAUUCCUUUUGGUUCAAUGGAGCUGGCAUUAGAACAAAGCAAAUCAACUGAAACUUUCAGGUCUCUCUUGGAUCAGAUAGAAACUGCUGAAAUUCAUGGUGAACUCGACAAACUCUGCAAUGAACUACAAGAGCUGAUUGCAUCCCAGCAGCUCCCGAAAGGCAUAGUGGAAAGCUUAGGAAAAGUAUUUUCAGCCAAUGCACGAUUAUAUGUGCGCUCCAGUGCCAAUGUUGAGGACUUGGCUGGAAUGUCUGCUGCUGGACUUUAUGAGUCAAUUCCAAAUGUCGGUCUUUCAAAUCCACUCAUUUUUGGACGUGCCAUUAGCCGUGUUUGGGCCUCAUUAUACACCCGUAGAGCAGUUUUGAGCCGUAAAGCUGCUGGUGUGCCUCAGAAGCAAGCAGCGAUGGCUGUAUUGGUGCAAGAAAUGCUUUCACCAGUCUUGUCAUUUGUGCUCCACACGCUGAACCCUACAGAUCUUGAUCGUAAUUCGGUUGCAGCUGAGAUUGCUCCUGGGCUUGGGGAAACUCUAGCAUCUGGUACACGAGGCACUCCAUGGCGUUUGUCUUCUGGGAAAUUUGAUGCCCUAGUAUGCACAUUAGCAUUUGCUAACUUUAGUGAGGAAUUGGUGGUUCGUGGUGCUGGGCCAGCUGAGGGAGAAGUUUUCCAUUUAACUGUAGAUUACAGCCAAAAACCACUGACAGUUGAUGCAGUUUUUAGGCAACAGCUUGGUCAGCAGCUUGGAGCUGUUGGGUAUUUCCUGGAGCGCAAAUUUGGUUGCCCCCAGGAUGUUGAAGGAUGUUUACUGGGAACGGACAUAUACGUUGUGCAGACACGUCCUCAGCCCCAGUAAAAGCUAAACCUGUUACUUCCUGAGGGCUGUUGGAAAUAAGUUGAUACAUAACCAAGUUAUUACUCAUGAGCUGGAGAGCCAUUAACCCUCAGGUCUUUCCCAAGAGUUCAGUUGUCAUAAAGCUCCUCAGGACAUGGAAGUUUUUGGGAGAAAGGAACCAUGAAAAUGCUUCACACAGAUUGGAGCUGUUAUAUACUGAUUCUUGCAGAGGUGCAAAGCCUGUUAAAAUGGUCAUUCAUCCUGAAUAACGAAGCCAAUGGCCAGAUCCCUUCUCCAUAGUGCUAGAGAUUACCAUUCUAAAAAUUUCCCUUCCCCUGCCAAGGGAGAACCAAAAUAUAUAUAUAUAUAUAUAUAUAUUGUAGCCAUCCAGAAUAAUGGGGGAAGCUUUUGUCUUCCCUUCUAAGACGUACUUAGUUUCUCAAAUGCUGUGCAAUGUCUUUGUCCAUGAGCAGUUGUCAGUAGUGACAGCAGAGAAUCAAGCAGUGUGGCUAGAUUGCGUUUCACCUUUUACUGUCUGUUUAUCCUAAUAAUAUGUUCAAUGAGUGCGUGUACGUGCAUGGUUCCUCAAGCAUUCUUCGUUUCUUGAAAGCAGAGGGUAGAGCUUUUGAAAAGCAUCCAAGAAACCAGAUGCUACAGACUGAGAAACCAGAUAUUCUGGUUUUGAGCUCUUGGAUAGCUCACUUUUCCAUACAUUGUAAUGGCCAACCAAUGCCUUGUAAACCACCCCUAAUAGAAUUUCGAACUUUUUAAUCA